AUGGGACAGCCCAUGUCCACUCCAUUGAGUCAAACGUUGAAUCACUGGUCAGAGGUUAAGACAAGAGUCCAGAAUUUGUCUUUGACAGUGAAGAAGGGACGGUGGCAAACUUACUGCUCCUCUGUGCCGACAUUCGGAGUGGGCUGGCCGCCAGAGGGCACCCUAGACCAGGCAAUUAUUUCAUCUGUUAGAAGAAUUGUUUUUCAUCCGGGGCCCAGAUCUCAUCCAGACCAGGUCUCUUAUAUCGUAGUAUGGGAGAAUCUGGCCUCUAAUCCUCCCUUGUGGCUGAGGUCCUGGUCCCGGCCACCCCCUUCUUCAUCCUCCCACAUACUGGUAGCACAGGAGUCCCGGACGGAGAAGAAGGUGAUCCCUAGAAUUUACCCUGACAUCGAGAGUCCCCUUGAAGAGGAUGAGCCCACACCGUCGGCGCCCAAUGCACCACCCCCUUAUCGACAUGACAUUGAUAGAUCGGAAGGCCCUGCCGCUGGAACCAGAAGCCGCCGAGGGGCCAGCUCAGAGGGACCCCCCCUUGUCCCCACCUUCCCGCUCCGAGCUUAUGGCCCCCCUGUCGAUCCCCCUGACCUACAACCCUUGCAGUAUUGGCCUUUUUCUUCUGCAGAUCUUUAUAACUGGAAAACUAACCAUGAUUCCUUCUCUGAGAAUCCUUCUAGUUUAACUAACCUCAUAGAGUCUCUGAUGUUCUCCCAUCAGCCCACGUGGGACGACUGUCAACAGAUUUUACAGGUUCUUUUCACCACUGAGGAGAAGGAGCAGAUCCUCCUUGAAGCUCGGAAACAUGUCCCAGGGCCAGAUGGGACCCCUACCCCGAUGCCCAACCUCAUUGAUGCUGCCUUUCCCCUCGACCGCCCCCCUUGGGACUACAACACAGCUGAAGGUAGGGAGCGGCUGUCCACAUACCGCCGGGCUCUGGUGGCAGGUCUCAAGGGGGCAGCUCGUCGCCCCACCAAUUUGGCCAAGGUAAGAGAGGUGCUCCAGGGACCCACAGAGGCCCCCUCUUUGUUUUUAGAGAGACUUCUAGAGGCGUACCGGAGAUACACCCCCUUUGACCCUACGUCAGAGGGACAACAGGCAGCAGUAGCUAUGUCCUUUAUAGGUCAGUCCUACCCAGACAUCAAGCGUAAGUUGCAGAGAUUGGAAGGCUUACAAAACUUUACAGUAAGAGACUUAGUUAAGGAGGCAGAGAAAGUGUACCAUAAGAGAGAGACGGAGGAAGAGAGGAGAGAGAGAGAGAGAAGAGAAAGGGAAGGGAGAGAAGAUGAGAGAAAUAGACGUAGAGACCAGAACUUGACUCGUAUACUGGCCGCAGUAGUACCUGAAGGGAACAGAAGUGUAGGAAGGAAGACAGGGAACCUGGGCAACCUACGCCAUCGAAAUGACUGGAGCACACCGGACUGGAAAAGAACGGGCAGAGACCAAUGUCGCCUCUGCAGGAGGAAAGGACAUUGGGCCAGGGACUGCCCAAACCAGAAGGAAAAGAUGCGGGGUCCUAAGACCCUGGCCCUAAGGAAUGAAGAUGACUAGGGCAGUUGGGGCUCGUAUUGCCUCCCCGAGCCUAGGGUAACUUUAGAUGUGGAGGGAACCCCCGUGGAUUUUCUGGUUGAUACAGGGGCACAGUUCUCAGUUCUACAACAUCCCAUGGGGAAACUCACAAACAAGACUAGUAUAGUAGUGGGGGCAACCGGCACGAAAAUACACAAAUGGACAACAGCCCGCCGCAUUAACCGAGGGGCCGGUCGAGUAUCACAUUCUUUUCUAGUAAUUCCUGAAUGCCCCACCCCCUUGCUCAGAAGAGAUCUGUUGACCAAGAUGAAUGCCGAAAUCCAGUUCUCUUUAAGCGGACUGCAAGUGAAGUGGCACCCCCCCCCCCAGGCCGGUAUGGACUUAACCUUUAAACUAGCUGACGAAUAUCGCAUACAUGAGAAAGGUAACAAAAUGGACAACCCACAAUGGUGGCUUUCAAGGUUCCCUGAAGCCUGGGCAGAGACAGGGGGGGUUGGGAUGGCCUCCCAAGUACCUCCCAUAGUAAUCAUAGUCAAGUCGGGUGCCACCCCUAUCAGCGUACGCCAGUAUCCUAUGAGCAAGGGGGCAAGAGAGGGCAUCCGGCCCCACAUAAAGAAGUUUUUACAGCUGGGCAUCUUAACCCCAUGCCGGUCCCCCUGGAGCACCCCACUACUCCCGGUAAAAAAGCCGGGAACACAAGAUUACCGACCCGUCCAGGACCUGAAGGAAGUUAAUAAACGGGUAGAAGAUGUACACCCCAUAGUGCCUAAUCCUUACACCCUCCUCAGCACUCUGCCACCAGAAAGGAUAUGGUAUACUGUCUUGGAUCUCAAAGAUGCUUUCUUUAGCCUGAGAUUACAUCCCAACAGCCAACACCUGUUUGCCUUCCAAUGGAAGGAUCCGGAGACGGGACAUUCUGGACAAUUGACCUGGACCAGACUGCCACAGGGAUUCAAGAAUUCACCUACCCUCUUCGAUGAGGCCCUACAUCGGGACCUGACGAUAUUCAGGACCAAUAACCCACAUCUGACUCUCCUUCAAUACGUUGAUGAUCUACUUCUGAGUGCUGAAACCCAAGGUGAGUGCCAAAAAGGAACUGAACAAUUACUAGCUGAAUUAGGCCGUUUGGGAUACCGGGCGUCAGCAAAGAAGGCACAGUUGUGUCAUACCGAAGUGACCUACCUGGGCUACAUCCUCUGAGAUGGAAAGCGGUGGCUCACCGAGGCCCGGAAGAAGACUGUGCUCCAGAUACCAACACCUCAAACGCCUCGACAGGUGAGAGAAUUCCUAGGCACUGCCGGGUUCUGCCGACUAUGGAUUCCUGGGUUCGCUGCUCUGGCUGCCCCACUCCACUCUUUGACCAGGUCAGAGACUGAGUUCCAAUGGAAGCCUGAGCACCAAGCGGCUUUUGAUGCCAUCAAACAGGCUUUAUUGACCGCACCCGCUCUGGUCCUACCGGACUUAACCAAACCCUUUACGUUGUUUGUGGGCGAGAAGGUGGGGGUGGCGAAGGGAGUGUUGACCCAGACCUUGGGCCCCUGGAAGCGGCCCGUGGCAUACCUCUCUAAGAAACUGGACCCAGUGGCUAGUGGCUGGCCGUCCUGCCUUAAGAUCAUCGCGGUAGUAGCCACGUUGGUGAAAGACUCUGAUAAACUAACAUUAGGCUAGCCAGUGACGAUCAUAGCCCCACACGCCUUAGAGAGCGUUAUCAGACAGCCCCCUGACAGGUGGAUAACCAAUGCCCGCCUGACUCACUACCAGAGCCUCCUAUUAAAUGAUAGGGUCUUGUUUGGGGCCCCCGUCAUUCUGAACCCAGCCACAUUGCUUCCUAAGGCAACAGAGCAGAAACCAAUACACGUGUGUGCUGACAUCCUGGCUGAGGCCUCUGGUGUCAGGGAGGAUUUGACUGAUGUUCCCCUGCCAGGCUGCCCUUCUUGGUACACAGAUGGCAGCAGUUUUCUGGUGGAAGGAAAAAGAAGGGCUGGAGCGGCAGUGGUAGAUGGGAAAAAGACUAUUUGGUCCAGUGGACUACCGGAAGGCACCUCAGCCCAGAAGGCAGAGUUAAUAGCCCUCACUCAGGCAUUGAGACUGGCUGAAGGAAAAAAUAUUAACAUCUAUACUGACAGCCGCUACGCCUUUGCCACUGCUCAUGUACACGGGGCCAUCUACCGGCAGAGAGGACUCUUGACGUCCACAGGAAAAGAGGUCAAAAAUAAAGAUGAGAUCCUCAGCCUCCUAGAGGCUGUACACCUCCCAAGAAAGGUGGCCAUCAUUCACUGUCCCGGGCACCAGAGGGGACAGGAUGCUGUGGCAAAGGGCAACCGUAUGGCAGAUGCCACUGCCAAACAGGCUGCACUCGGGGCUGUGAUCCUGCCGGUAGUAGGUAAAGAGCUCCGCCCAAACCUGAGAGACUCCAGUUUUCAAUAUUCCCCAGAAGAAUUAGAAGAGUUUCACCAUUCAGACUGGAUCCGAGGCUUCUCUCCCUAUGGUGUGGCGGAGACAACAGACGGUAAACAAGUUCUUCCAAACCAGCAAGGACGUGAGUUCAUUGCUAAUCUCCAUCGUCUGACCCACUUAGGUACGAGAAAACUGAUAGAACUCAUGAAGUCCUCUGAAUACCACAUCCAGAGACUGCCAGACAUAGUCCAAGAAGUUGUACAGAGUUGUCAAGCAUGUGCCCUUGUCAACUCCAAUAGACCCCCGUCUCUCCAUGGCAAAAGGCUCAGGGGAGAUAGGCCGGGGGCUCAUUGGGAAAUUGACUUUACAGAAAUAACUCCAGCCAGAUAUGGUAAUAAAUAUCUAUUAGUGUUUGUAGACACCUUCUCAGGCUGGGUGGAAGCAUUCCCUUCCCGCUCAGAAACAGCUCGAGUGGUAGCUAAGAAGAUAUUGGAAGAGAUCUUUCCACAGUUUGGACUCCCCAAGGUAAUCGGGUCUGACAACGGACCUGCUUUUGUUGCACAGGUAAGUCAGGGGCUGGCCAGUCAACUGGGGAUUAAUUGGAAAUUACAUUGUGCUUAUAGACCCCAGAGCUCAGGACAGGUAGAAAGAAUGAAUAGGACCCUAAAAGAGACCUUAACUAAAUUGGCCUUGGAGACCGGCGGGAAAGAUUGGACAGCCCUCCUUCCCUUCUCCGUGUUCCGUGCUCGGAACACUCCUGGGAGGUUUAAGCUGACACCGUAUGAAAUCCUAUGGGGCAGCUCGCCCCCUAUAGGUGAAGUUGGGGGAGUACACGACCCGGACCCCCCUCUUUCUCAACCCCUCCUCACCCGCCUCAGGGCUCUUGAGAUUGUCAGGCAGCAGGUGUGGGAUUCGCUGAAGGAGACCUACCGGACGGAGAGCCCCGAGAUCCCCCACGGAUUCCAGGUUGGAGAUCUGGUUCUGGUCAGACGUCAUCGAGCCGGCAACCUUGAACCUCGCUGGAAAGGACCCUACUCGGUUCUACUCACCACCCCAACCGCUAUAAAGGUUGAUGGAAUAGCCGCCUGGAUCCACGCAUUGCACGCCAAAAGAGCUCCCAAGACUCCUGAAGAUGAAUGGACUGUGGAAAGGACUCCUCACCCUCUUAAGCUUUGCCUUCGCCGCCGUCUCGUCCCGGGUGGGGACAUCGAAUAA